AUGCUUACCAAUCAGCAGAAAAGAUCAGCUUCUUUGCCUCAGCAGCAAGCAUCACCAAUGAAUGAAUCUGAGCAGAGACACAUCCAAGAAAAGAUAAGUCUUCCAAAUAAAUCACAUGGUGUCAGUUCUUCUGAAUACCAUAAUCAACAAUCACCAAAACUUUCCCGCAAUGAAAAUGGACAAAAUGCAAGGGACAUUCAAGGUCAAGUUGAGGGAGUAACGACAGAAGUAUACAUUUCCCAGUAUUGCAACCCUCAACCAAAACAAAGUGGGCAACCAACACAAGAAACAGAGAUGAGGCCACUGGGGCAGACUGUCAACUACCCAAGUGAUACAACUAUUGUGGCCAGAGGUUUCUGUACACCAAACAUUUCACAAAAUAUGGACAACAAAGACUCUGUGACAGAGGAUAGUAAUUCUUCUGAUAUAAGUCAGCAGUCAGCAGGAAAUAUUUAUCGUAACCCUAGACCCUUACCCCCUGUUCCUCACUAA